AUGUGGGAAGAUGGGGGUCCCAAGGAGAGCUCAGGUUCCCUCCCAAAAUCCACACUCUGGGCUGAACCUGGCUCUGUGAUCCCAUGGGGAAGGUCUGUGAGCGUCUGGUGUCAGGGGACACUGGCAGCCCAGAAGUACCAUCUGUACAGAGAUGGAAGAUCGAGGACCUUGGAAGUAUCAAUCUUACUCAGUGACAGGGCCAAGUUCUUCAUCCGAUCCAUGAGAGAAGAUGAUGCAGGACAAUAUCGCUGUACCUAUCACAUCCCUGCUGGCUGGUCAGAACCCAGUGAUGUCCUGGAACUUGUGGUAACAGGAGUCUACAGCAAACCCAGCCUCUCAGCCCUGCCUCACCUUGUGGUGAUGUCAGGAGAGAAUGUGACCCUCCAGUGUGGCCCACAGAGGGGAUUAGACAGAUUCAUUCUAACUAAAGAAGGAAAAGACGAGCUCUCCUGGACAUUAGUGUCAAGACAAAAUCCCAAGAGACCAUUCCAGGCCAAGUUCCAUGUGGGCCCCGUG